AUGGGUACUGUUGUUGAAGCUUCAAGCAAGGAAGCAAGUGGAAGUUCUCUUAGUCAAAAGAAGCCAAAGGUUGUAUUUGUCCUAGGAGGCCCAGGCAGUGGUAAGGGCACCCAGUGUGCAAAUAUUGUAGAGCACUUCGGGUAUACCCAUCUCAGUGCUGGAGAUCUUCUUCGGGCAGAAAUAAAAUCCGGGUCAGAAAACGGCACAAUGAUUCAGAACAUGAUCAAGGAAGGAAAAAUUGUUCCUUCAGAAGUAACAAUCAAGCUUCUUGAAAAAGCGAUUCUUGAAAAUGAAAAUGACAAAUUCCUUAUUGAUGGAUUCCCUCGCAAUGAGGAAAAUCGUGCAGCUUUUGAGUCAGUUACUGGAAUUACCCCGGAGUUUGUUCUUUACUUCGAUUGUCCACAAGAAGAAAUGGAGAAACGCCUCUUAAGUCGCAAUCAGGGGAGAGAAGAUGACAACAUUGAUACAAUUAGGAAGCGAUUUAAGGUUUUCCUGGAAUCCAGUCUCCCUGUUAUCGAAUAUUACAACUCUAAGGAGAAGGUCCGAAAGAUCGACGCUGCUAAGCCUGUUGAAGAAGUUUUUAAAACAGUUAAGGCCCUUUUCACCCCAGUGGUUGACAAGGCUGCUGCCUAGAUGUUAAUAUCUCAGUUACCAUAGCAAUCUUCAUGUUUAAUGAGUUUCAUUGAUAUGUGGUGUUAAAAGGGUUUGACGAUGAGACCCAUGGUUGAUUAUUUGUAAUAUUACAUCAUUAAAAGUUGGUUGAUCAUAUCCUAUGUUAUCGAAAUAGGUUAGAAAGAUUCUACCAUUAUUUUUACCAUUUACGUAUUAUACCAUACCACGAUGUUUGGCAAUUGGGACUCUUAUAUUAUAUGUAUGUUAUUCUCGAUUGGAUAGCUAGUAAUAAUAUAUAUAUUGCUUAUUUUUGCUCUUUGCUAGUUAACUUUUGAGUUUAGAGCAUAUACAAUGUGUAAUAUUCCAAUAACGCUUGUUUUCCCAAUAACGCUUUUGGGGAAAAAAGUUGAAAUACUCCAAUAACGCUUGUUUUCCCACUUUAAUUUGGAAACGC